AUGAAGAUAUUGGGGUUCACUUUGACAGCUCUUUGCGCCGCCUUAGGUGUUCAUGCCUACAACUCUGCUUACGACCUCACAUUGAAUAGGACUGCGAUGAAUUCAUCGGUUGGGCAUGAGACGAAUCGCCCCCUCAUCCACUAUACCCCCCGUGUUGGCUGGAUGAAUGACCCCAAUGGUCUCUUUUUUGACGAGGAAACUUCGCUGUGGCAUGUUUACUACCAGUACAAACCGGACGCUCUUGUAGCUGGUUUACCCAUAUUUUGGGGGCAUGCUACUUCAAAGGACUUGACGAGCUGGGUCGAUCACGGUGUCGCCAUUGAGCCGGCAGAUGAUGUAAGUGGGGCAUUCUCUGGGAGCAUCGUCAUAGACCGCAACAAUACGUCUGGAUUUUUUGACAACUCAACCUUACCUGGCCAAAGAAUCGUCGCUUUAUACACGGAGGACAGUUCUUCCAAGCAGUCUCAAUUUGCAGCGUACUCCCUGGACGGGGGUUACACGUUCAAUUACUACGCACAGAAUCCGGUAUUGGAUAUCAACUCUACACAAUUUAGGGAUCCCAAAGUUAUUUGGCAUGACGAAACCCAGCGUUGGGUUAUGACGCUAGCAUUAUCUCAAGAGUACAAAAUUCAAAUCUACACGUCGAAGAACUUGAAGACAUGGAACUUCCAAUCAAAUUUUUCGCAUUACGGCUUUUUGGGAUACCAAUACGAAUGUCCUGGCUUGAGUAAGGUCCCGGUUCUGCAAUCCGUUGACCCUAACACUACCCUAGCCUCGAAUAAUUCAUCAUCUGUUGAUUUUAAAUGGGUCAUGUUCCUCAGCAUUAACCCAGGUGCUCCUACGGGUGGCUCAGUCAACCAGUAUUUUAUUGGUGAUUUCGAUGGCAAAACUUUCACUGCUGAUGAUUCAGCCUCGCGCUUUGUUGACAACGGUAAGGAUUUUUAUGCUAUGCAGACAUUUUCCGAUACUCCUACCAAUGAGGUGGUAGGACUAGCAUGGGCUUCUAAUUGGGACUACGGUGCGUACGUGCCAAUUACACCUUGGAAGACCUCGAUGACGUUAGCUCGCAACUUAACGCUUCGUCCUUACAAGCCUAACCCGGAAUCCUCGCAGCUUACAUUAUACAGUGAGCCGAUUAUCGACCACAGCAUACUGAAUACUACUCAGUCUAUAAAGAAGGCGUCUUUGAACUUAACUACAGAGGAGAGCGUGUUUUAUCACUUAACGAAAACAGCCAAGGGGCUACUAGAGUUUACACUAGAGUGGAAAGUUAACGCAACCGCAAUAACAUCAAAAAAAAGUCCUGCUGCCAUGACAUUCAACCUGAGAGGUAUCGAAGAUGAGGAAGAGUUUCUGAAAUUGGGUUAUGAAGUUAAUUCAGGUGCUUUCUUCCUUGACAGAGGCAUUUCCGACUUGGAUUUCGUCCGCUUUAACCCUCUAUUUACUACGAGACUUGUGCAUUUUUUGGAGCCCUACAGAAUCGACCAAGAUGGGUUGCCAGUUUACAAAGUUCAUGGGAUCGUUGACAAGGAUAUUGUAGAGCUUUUCUUCAAUGAUGGUUCUUCGACAUCUACUAACACUUUCUACAUGAGCGAAGAGAAUUUCUUGGGCACUGUUGAACUAUCUUCAAGCGUCGAUGAUGUGUUCAAUGUUUUAAACCUAGAGAUCAAACAAUUGAACACCAUGUGA